AUGACGACGGAUGGUUGUUGCAUUGCGUGCGGUUGGAAUGGCCUCAGUUCUGGUGAUGUUGGUCCGCUGCGCUUGUGCCUUGUGUGCUGUCACUUUGGCCUUUAUGGUGACGAUCCGGCUGGCUUCAUAGAUGGUUGCGCCAGUUUUGACUGCUCUUCUAUAAUCCGGGCGGUCUUGGAUGAGGGCCUCCCAGGUCCUCGUGUCGAUUUUAAGACACUUCACGGUGUCCUUUUAAAGUCUCUUGACCUCCUUGGCGGCGAGCACCCGCAGCAACAUCACCGAAGAACUGUCGUUUGGCACACGCCGCAGACUUCCAGUACGAAGACGAGCCUGGAAAAUAAGUCGAAAAACAGCCGAUCCCGAGUGCACUAUGGCAAAUUUGUUCGUGCCAAAGACGUAUCUCAAUAUUCAAAGAAGUCCCUCAAGAUAGUUCUUGGAACACCGCUCAGUGCUCCCGACAGGCCUGCGCAGUCGGUAGACGAUAUGGCUGUUCCCACCACCACCACCGGUACAACUCAGGAUCCUGCAAACAUCCACCUGGAUUUCGGCAUUAAGACCUACUCCAGUGCACUUGACCUGAAGGACUACUUUGCAAUGAAAAGGCGACAGAAAAUUGGUAAAGGUACUUUAGACUCCGAUCGGGGGAUCAAACGACGAGAACUCUCACCUUCUGCGCUUGCAGGUGCUCGUGUCUCCUUCUCACUUGGUCCCCAUUCCCAAGAAACGGCUGAGUCUGAUUCUGCCGAUGAUGCUCGUGUCUCCUUUUCACUUGGUCCCCGUUCCGAAGAGAAGUCCGAGUCCCAUGCUGGUGGCGGUACGCUGGCAGUUUUGGGUCAAACCUUUUUUAAAGUUGUAAAACCUUCAAAGUUGUUUUAA